UUGAGAACACCCUCAGGAGGAGGAACCAAGAUUUUUCUAUUUGCAUAACAUCACUUCCCUACCAGCGUCAAAGAAAACACGCUCCAGAAGGUGUAUAUGACACUAAUCGAGAAACGGCGCAAUGUUUUGGAUGAAAACGUACCCUUAGAUUUGGUUGAGAGCUGCCAUUUCGGGUUAUUCGACCAUACACGAACGAUUCAAGAGGUCCAAACGAAGUGCGCAUACAAUUCUAAAAUCUACAGUCAUCACUUUGAAGAAGAUAUAUGCAUAGACAGUGAGAAAGGACGUGCUGUGACUUCAGGUUGACCAUUGAGCGUUCCAGUUUCAUCUGUGGAAGACGUUUUGCUCUAGAGUGUUGAACAUACUACGUGAUAUGGAGAGACGACACUGUUGAAAAAAAUACCGGCAUUUUAUUUUUCCUGACCUAGACACAAAUCAUGGAAAGCUGACGGCGAGGACCUUGAGUGACACCCUUGCCAGGGAAGAAAACCCUCUCUUUACAGAGUCAAGGACACUAAGACUCCACAUCAGACUCUUCCUACAUCUGCAAAUCAGCUGACCUAAGAGCUGUCAUGGCGGCGUACGGACAGACCCAGUACAGCCCUGCCCUCCAGUCUGCGGGACCCUACACACCAUAUACAUACCACACCCAGGGCUACAGCAUGCCCUCAUACAACAUUAAGACAGAAGAUGGCCUCAGCCACUCUCCAGGACAGAACAGUCUGCUGAGCUACUCCAACUUCAGCAGCACUCCCCCCAGCCAGGGCCUCUACAGCUACUCCACACCCGGUAGCAGUAUUUCUUCUGGUAUUUUCCAGGGAGCCAACCCCAUCUCCAGCUCAACUCCAUUCAACCCCACACAACAGGACUUCUCAGCGUACUCUAGCUACAGCCAAAGCCAGUACUCGCCAUACUACAACACACACUACAACAGCCCGUACCUCGCAAGCAGCAACAUCAGCCCUAGCGCCAUCACCACGCCCAUACCCUAUCAGCAUCCAGAACACCCUGCCGUGGUGCCCAAUCACAGCCCUGAGUCCCACCCAGGAGAGUACCAUCCGCCCCCUAGCCCCCCCACCCCAGGGAAAGAGCCAGAGGGGGUGCCAGCCAGACGGAGCUCAGACGGGAAACUGAGGGGCAGGAAAAGAGUCAGUGACCCACAGCCUCCCCUGGACUCAGACAUAGAGCGUGUGUUUGUGUGGGACCUUGACGAGACCAUCAUCAUUUUCCACUCUUUGCUCACAGGGAGCUUCUCCACACGAUUUGGCAAGGACUCGUCCAAGGCAGUGUCGCUGGGACUGUGGAUGGAGGAGAUGAUCUUCAACUUGGCCGACUCGCGGCUAUUUUUCAACGACCUGGAGGAAUGUGACCAAGUUCAUAUUGAUGACGUGGCGUCAGACGACAAUGGGCAGGACUUGAGCAUGUAUAACUUUGGCACAGACGGGUUCCAGAGCCCUGCGGGUGCCGGUACUCUGUGCCUGGGCUCAGGUGUCCAUGGUGGGGUGGACUGGAUGAGGAAACUAGCCUUCCGCUACCGGAGAGUAAAGGAAAUCUACAACACCUACAAGAACAACGUGGGAGGUUUGGUGGGCAGUCCCAAGCGGGAGGAAUGGCUGCAGCUGCGGAGGGAGAUGGAGGUCCUGACAGAUCUGUGGCUGACCCAGGCUGUCAAGGCCCUGGCCCUCAUUAACUCCAGACCAAACUGUGUGAAUGUGCUGGUGACCACCACCCAGCUGAUCCCAGCCCUGUCCAAGGUCCUGCUCUAUGGUCUGGGCUCAGCGUUCCCCAUAGAGAACAUCUACAGUGCCACCAAGACAGGGAAAGAGAGCUGCUUUGAGCGUGUGGCCCAGAGGUUUGUUGUGGAGGAAGAGUCUGUAGCCAAGAAGAAGAACAUGCCUUUCUGGAGAGUGUCGUGUCGGCCUGACCUGGAGGCUCUAAGUCAUGCACUGGAGCUGGACUACCUCUAGUGGGCGCUAUAACAAUCCCAUCAUACCUUUAGCCAGUUCCUGCCUGGUGAUGCCGCUUCAUGUCCAAUGGACCAAUUGGGUUGAGGGCAGCGACGAUUCACCACCAUACAAAAGCAAAGAAUGACGGACCAAUCUUUGUAUCAGCAGGGAAACGCAAUUGUUACUGGAAAUUGUACAUGUGCUUUCACCCGUUCACACAGGGACUUUUACAUGUGAAAGGUGUCCCACUUUGGAACUUUAGAUUGUUGCACUGAAAAUAAUGACCAAGGUCAGUGAUGGGCAACUGGUGGCCUCCGCAGUUUUUCUCUUGUUAUGUCAAUUAGGCCAUAUCAGCUAAAAUGUUUUAGAUUGGUAAGUUCGUCUAGCGGUCAGCUAUCUAAACCAGCAAAAAUGGUUGAAUUACCGGCCGGGGGCCACCAUUGAUUUUGUUAGUCUGUCUCACUCAGAUAUCAUAUUAAAUACUGCAAACAUUUCUCUCCAGCCUAUGGCAAAAUGUGUAGAAUUACAAAAAUGUCGCUGUAAAACAGCAAAUGGUCUUCACUGCCCAUGGCAAAAUGAGUAGAAUUGCAGGAAAUGUGUUACAAAAUUGCUGAAUCUUCUUUCCGCUCCAUGGCAAAAUGAGUAGAAUUGCAGGAAAUGUGUUACAAAAUUGCUGAAUCUUCUUUCCGCUCCAUGGCAAAAUGUGUAGAAUUGUAGCAAACUUUCUUUAAAGCUCCACAUUUUCUCUACGCCCCAUGGCAAAAUGUGUAGAAUUGCAAGAAAUUAACUCUCAAAUUUUAAAACAAUGUCUCUCCGCUGUCAAGGAGGGCUGCUAAAAUGCUUUGCUCUCAAUGUGGUUGGUGUGACCCGCAAGCAACUACCAUCCCUCAUAAUGAGUUCAGUUUCUUGUGGCCCCCAGACCCAUCAAAGUUACCCAUCCCUGACCUAGGUGAUCUACAGUUGAAGUCGGAAGUUUACAUACACCUUAGCAAAAUACAUUUAACUCAGUUUGUCACAAUUCCUGACAAUCCUCGUAAAAAAUCACUGUCUUAUGUCAGUUAGGAUCACCACUUUAUUUUAACAAUGUGAAAUGUCUGAAUAAUAGUAGAGAGAAGGAUUUAUUUCAGCUUUUAUUUCAUUCAUCACAUUCCCAGUGGGUCAGAAGUUUACAGGCACUCAAUUAGUAUUUGGUAGCAUUGCCUUUAAAUUGUUUAACUUGGGUCAAACGUUUCGGGUAGCCUUCCACAAGCUUCCCACAAUAAGUUGGGUGAAUUUUGGCCCAUUCCUCCUGACAGAGCUGCUGUAACUGAGUCAGGUUUGUAGGCCUCCUUGCUCGCACACACUUUUUCAGUUCUGCCCACAAAUGUUCUAUAGGAUUGAGGUCAAGGCUUUGUGAUGGCCACUCCAAUACCUUGACUUUGUUGUCCUUAACUUCUUGGUGACAGGGGGCAGUAUUUUCACGUCCGGAUGAAAUGCAUGCCCAAAUUCAACUGCCUGCUACUCAUCCCCAGGAGAAAAGAUAUGCAUAUUAUUUGUAUAUUUGGAUAGAAAACACUGAAGUUUCUAAAACUGUUUGAAUCAUGUCUGUGAGUAUAACAUGAUUUAUAAUUUUUAUUUCUGAGAUUUGUGUUGCGCCUGCAGGGUUGAAAUAUGUUUUCUGUCUUUGUUUACGGAGGUGCUACCCUCAGAGUCACAAAAAGCAGAAAUAUAGAUCAAAUUAAUCACUAACCUUUGAUGGUCUUCAUCAGAUGACACUCAUAGGACAUCAUGUUACACAAUACAUGUAUGUUUUGUUCGAUAAUGUGCAUAUUUAUAUCCAAAAAUCUCAGUUUACAUUGGUGCGCUACGUGCAGUAAUGUUUUGAUUCCAAAACAUCCGGUGAUUUUGCAGAAAUACUCAUAAUAAACAUUGAUAAAAGAUAUUAGUGUUAUUCGCAGAAUUAAAGAUAGACUUCUCCUUAAUGCAACCGCUGUGUCAGAUUAAAAUUUUUGUUAACGGAAAAAGCAUAAUCUGAGAACGGUGCACAGAACCCAAAACAGCCAGAGGAAUGUCCUCCAUUAUGGAAACAACAAAGUUAGAAACAACACCAUAAAUCUUCACUUACCUUUGAUCUUCAUCAGAAGGCACUCCCAGGAAUCCCAGUUCAACAAUAAAUUACUGAUUUGUUCCAUAAAGUUCCAUAAUUUAUGUCCAAAUAGCCACUUGUUGUUAGCGUGUUCAGCUCAGUAAUCCAUCUUCAUGAGGUGCAGGCACUUCAUCCAGACAAAAACUUGAAAAGUUACAUUACAGUCUUUUAGAAACAUAUCAAACGAUGUAUGGAAUCAAUCGUUAGGAUGUUUUUAACAUAAAACAUCAAUAGUGUUCCAACCUGAGAAUUCCUUUGUCUUCAGAAAAAGCACUGGAACGCGAGGUAACUCUGUCGGGAGCGCACGUCAUGAGACCAAGGCUCUCGGCCAGACCACUGACUCAAAGAGGUCUCAUGAGCCCCUCCUUUAUAGUAGAAUCCUCAUUCAAGUUUCAAAAGACGGUUGACAUCUAAUGGAAGCUGUAGGAAGUGCAACCUCAUCCAUAUCUAUCUCAAUGUGUAUUCGGUAGGCCAAGCUUUGAAAAACUACAAACCUCAGAUGUCCCACUUCCUGGUUGAAUUUCUCUCAGGUUUUCGCCUGCCAUAUGAGUACUGUUAUACUCACAGACAUCAUUUAAAUAGUUUUAGAAACUUCAGGGUGUUUUCUAUUCAAUACUAAUAAUAAUAUGCAUAUAUUAGCAUCUGGGACAGAGUAGGAGGCAGUUCACUCUGGGCACGCUUUUCAUCCAAAAGUGAAAAUGCUGCCCCCUAUCCCAAAAAAGGUUAAAGGCACAGUCAACUUAGUGUAUGUAAACUUCUGACCCACUGGAAUUGUGAAACAGUGAAUUGUAAGUGAAAUAUUCUUUCUGUAAACAAUUGUUGGAAAAAUUACUUUCAUGCACAAAGUAACUGACUUCCCAAAACUAUAGUGUGUUAACAAGACAUUUGUGGAGUGGUUGAAAAAUGAGUUUUAAUGACUCCAACCUAAGUGUAUGUAAACUUCCAACUUCAACUGUAAGUGCAUUUAGUCCUUACGUGGGGAUGAUUAGUUUAAUUUAGUUUAGUUGUUUGUUGUGUGCUAACUUUUCUUAUUAGGAAUGGGAUAGAGGAAAUUGUUAAGAUAAGAGACCUUCUAGUAGACACUACCAGCAAGUUAUUAAGGAUAAAUCCUACCUUGACUUGAUCUUUUCACAUGGCUUUUUUGAUACAUUGUACAUUUCUAUUAUAACUAUUGCCCCAAUAGUAUCUCUGUCUCAUUCAGCAGGUUAUUGAUUAAUUCAUAGUCUGAAUAUUUAUAGUUUUUUACCUAUAAUUUGUGACCUACGGUAUUUAUUGAUCAGUUCAGUUAUGCCUGAUCAAUUAUAGAUGAAAAUACAAAUCAGUCAAGUGUCCAAUCACAAAAUGAUGAGCUGAGACCUAAAAGAAAGAAAUGGGAGAGGAUUUUCGCAAAACCUACCAGAGACAAUUAUCUAAAAAGGAGGAUGGAGAUAGCAACCAUUUUCGGAUUUUACCAUAACAUUUGAUUCAUAGUCCAUAGACCCAUGAUAUGUCAUACGUCAUUUAAUUGAAUAUUCUAUUGAUUUGCAACAAAACACACUUAUGCAGUCAAUCUAAACCGGACAAAAUACUUCCAACCCUACCGGAGAUGACUGUUUAAUGUUGUUAUCUAAUAUACCAAAGAUUAAUACUCAAAUAUCUUAUCCAUUCCAUGCCACACUUUGAAAAAUAAUUGGUAAAAGCCAACUCUGCAUCCUUCAUUUGCAACUAAGCAAAGAGUUUCAGACAGACAGACAGACAAACAGUCAAAGCAACCUGACAAAGUACAAGGAAAUCAUAUACUUAACUUAAGAAAUACCAAUUCCUUGUAAAACAUAUUUUUAGCGUAUACAUUUGUCAUGGAGAGGACUUAGGGCUCUAUUCAAUCCGCAUCGCGGAAGUUCAGCUUUAAAGCGUGACUGAAAUUUAAAGGCAAUGUUCCUGCUUUUAGCGGAGAUUGCAUUCACAAUGGGUCGGCUCAAUCGUAAAUUACCUUUACAUUUCUAUCCCAGAAUAUGUAACACUUCGGGUUUACAGAUUGAAUAGAGCACUUAGUCUGGCGAUUGAAUCUUAUUCUGUUUCCUGAAUUGAUCGGUGUACAAUUGUUGUUAUCUUUCUCCGUGAAUGUUUAUAUAGCCUGUAUGUAAUGAAAAUGGUAUGAUUGUCUUUGGACAUGCAUGUGCCUAUUACAGUGCCUGUCAGCUUAGCUAUGAUUUGUAUAUAAGGUUUUAUUGUUGAUUUGUUUUGACGGACAAUUAUAAUAGAUUAAUAAAGAUAAAUUAAUUACA